GUGCCUGUAAGAGUCAGUCCUUGCGUGUCCGAGUGCGAGAAAACUCAACAUUCUCUGGUUAGCACCUUGUUCGCGUUUCUUGGUUCAGGCGAGAAAAAAUUAAGCUGGUUGGUUGGACUGCGCGUGUAGACUAUAUAUAUACACAGGCGUACUUGGUAAAGAUUACCACUAUUAUAGACUGGUUAAUUACUGCUGAUUCCUAAAAAUCCGUCCCUGACCUACGUAAGCCAGCCUCCCCCCUGCGCGCGCGCGAGAUCCUGUCGAAUUAAGAGCCUUUGCUCACCAGCUGGUUCACCAAUCCGCCCACUCACUCAUUCAUUUUCUUCCGCAUUCACAAUGACCAACACACGUGGCGCAAGUACAUUAAUACCACGGACGCUGAUGCAAAAUGUCCAGGCCAUCCUCCCACAGUCCAUUCGGCGUCCGCAAAAGAGCCACCUUGCCGGCCUUCUGAUCGCCAUCUUCCUCACGCUGCGACUACGCCAGCGCAUCCACAAGAAGGUCACCAUGCCAGCCGCAGCAGCCAAGGCACCCGCCUUCCCCGGCUUCAAGCCCCUAUCCGAUCAGGUCUUUGUCCGGGAGCCCGCAGGCGAUGCCGCCGUCACGCCCGCGCCCGACCACCCCGACGUCGUGCUCGUCUACGGCUGGGGCGACGGCGUCCCCAAGCACGUCGUCAAGUACGCCGACGGCUUCCAGGCACUCUACCCCGCGGCCAAGCAGAUUGUCGUCCUCUCGCCCAUCAGCAAGGCCAUGUUCAGCACGCUCGCCGAGCGCUCGCUGCAGAUGGCCCCUGUGGUGCAGGAGCUCUUCCCGGACGGCGCCCAGGACGACGACAGCUGCCGCCGUCGCAUCCUUGUCCACACCAUGUCCAACACGGGCGCGGUCAACUAUGCCGCCACCAUCAAUCGCUUCAAGGAUCUCUACAGCAGGCCCUUCCCCCACACCCUCUUCGUCAUGGACUCGACGCCCGGCAGCGUCGCCAUCACAUGGGAUAACCUGAAGCGCUGGUCGCGCGCCAUGUCGCUGGGCAUGGCCAAGUUCUUUCCCUGGCCCUUUGUCGUCACGCAGGGCAUCUUCCUUAUCUUCCUCUUUAUCAACAACCUGGUCGAGCAGGCGACCGGGCGCGAGAGCGCGGGCGGGUGGAGCAGAAAGGCGGCCCUCAACACAGAGUGGGAGGCCAUUGGCGCACGGAAACUGUACAUGUACAGCAAGGAGGACGACCUCAUCAACUAUGAGGACAUUGAGGUGCAUGCCGCCGAGGCGAAGCAGCUCGGAUGGAAGGUGGACGUCGAGGUGUUUGAGGGCUCAGGCCAUGUUGGACACAUGAGGCUGCAUGCUGAGCAAUACUGGACAGCGAUCGCCGAGUCGUGGAAGAAGGCAGUGGCUGAUGGUGAGGCCUGAGGGGGAGAGAUCCGAAGGUGGUGAGAGAUGAUGUAUAUCAUGACCAGCGAUGCUUUCGGCGGAAUAUUUGUCGUCCAUGUUAGAAUUAGACCUAGAUUUCCUGACUUGUCUUCUCUUCAAAUUUUUUGGUUCAGUUGGGGUCGUGGUGUUGAGAGUGUC